AUGAGGAAUUGGCCACUGCAAGGAAUAGAAUCAACCGUUGGAGAAGUUGAUUAUGUAAUCUAUCUAGUCAAAUCUACGGGGAUGUUGCCUACGGUCGAGAAUUUGGAUCUUGGUUACGACAAACCUCUUUGUUCCGCCUUUGCCGAGAGAUAUUACAGGGAAACGGAUACUUUGCAUCUUCCGUAUGGAGAAAUGACGAUAACUCCAAAUGAUGCGAAGUUCAUUACCGGGGCAAGCAUAGAUGGUAAAGCCGUGAAACACAAAGAGUACGCGCAAGAGCUUGAGUGGGACAAGAUUUAUGCGUUCACCAAGGAAGUGUUCCAACGGGAUGAGGAGAUGACUAAGUCACAAAUGUUAGUAGUCAAAGCAAAGCAUAGGAUAUUCCAUCUCUCGAAGUUGAGGGAACUCUUUAGUGGAACAAAGAAACUUUGUGCUGAGGGAAAAGAGUUGUUGCAACCAUUUAAAAAGAUUCACAAAUACUCUUGGGGGACUGCUAUCCUUGCACACUCAUUGAACGAGUUGAGAAAGACUUUCAGGGCUGACAGGAACCAAAUAGGAGGGAAUAUGAAUUUUCUACAUGCGUGGAUAUAUUUGUACUUCCCAAUAUUUGCUGAAAGGGCUUUUAAGAACAAGGAAUGGGAUGGUAACUUUUAUGGAGACAUGUACAUCUACAAGAGUAAGAAAAAGUCCCAAGAUGUGGUUUAUCUGAAAUUGAGACGCCAGUUGAACAACUUGACGACGAAAGAUGUUGUCUUUGACCCUUACAAGGGGGUUUGUCCAAAGUAA